UGUGGGUGUUGUGUUGACGUCGCUUACUCUCCGGAGUCUCCGAUGCAACCAAACAUCUCCCGGCGUGGGUCGUUGCCUCUUUACAAACAAUUCUCCGAUUUUCUUUAAUAAUAGUGACAUGCAAGGUAAAUUUUGAAAAUGAGAUGUGUAUAGCGUGUGAGAGAGAGGACGGCGGGGAGGAUAAUGUCACUGUCGUCGCAGCAGGAUGAGGAUGGCCGCCACUACAAGUUGGUGGCCAAGACUGAUAACGCCAAGAAUAUCCUCCAGGUGCUCAGAGCUGUCAACUUCCGUGAGACAGCCACAGUACUUGCGACUGCCAAUGGGUUGAAGAUGACGGUGGAAGAGUCAAAGUGUCUCCAGGCUAAUGCGUUCAUCCAGUCUGAACUAUUUCAGGAAUAUGAAAUUCAGGAAGAAGUGGCAUUCAAGGUGAAUCUGAAUGUUCUGGUGGAGUGCCUCAGCAUCUUUGGUGGGAGCAUCUUUGGGGGAGGAACAACGCCAUCUCUCAAGAUGUGUUAUGGUGGUCAUGGUUCACCCCUUAUACUUUUGUUAGAGGAAGCUGGAGUCCUCACAGACUGUAGUAUAAACACACAAGAGGCUGAUGACACCUUAGACUUCAACUUCUGUAAUUCAGGUGUGGUAAACAAAGUUAUCAUGAGAUCAGAGUGCCUUAGAGAUAUCUUCUCUGAGCUUGACAUGUCCAGUGAUGUUUUAGAGAUUGUCAUGUCACCUGCUGCACCUUAUUUUCGUCUCUCUACUUUUGGCAGUUAUGGAACAAGUCACACUGAUAUUUCCAAAGAGAGUGACAUGAUAGAAAACUUUGCUUGCACACGAACCAUGAGUCAGCGCUACAGGCUGGGUCUUCUCCGACCUUUGUCCAAACCACUCACGGUGGCCCAGAAGGUGUCGGUGAGGACGGAUGACCGAGGUUUCCUGUGUUUCCAGUUCAUGAUUAAAACAGAAGAUAAUCACAUUUGUUUUGUGGAGUUCUUUUGUUGUCCAGAAGAAGAGCUGGAUGGCUGAGAAUGUUACUUGUUUCCGGAUAUGUGAUGUCACUUGCCACGCAAUGCUUCAGAACUGAUCCUAGGGAUAAGGUUUACUCAGUAGACAGUUUAUGGUAUUAAAAGUGUCAUUGGAACUUCUGCAGCAGUAUUAUAGACACUAUACUUGCAGCAUGUUCCUAUAUAGCACCCAGGGACAUAAUACUGUUAAUACAGUCAGUGAAUGUAACUUUUGUUCUUAUAAGAAAUAAAUUUUUCUGUAAU